CCUCCCCUUCAGUCUUGCGCAGGUGUACCGGCUCCUCUCCUUCAGUCUUGCGCAGGUGUACCGGCUUCUCCCCUUCAGUCUUGCGCAGGUGUACCGGCUCCUCCCCUUCAGUCUUGCACAGGUGUACCGGCUUCUCCCCUUCAGUCUUGCGCAGGUGUACCGGCUCCUCUCCUUCAGUCUUGCGCAGGUGUACCGGCUCCUCCCCUUCAGUCUUGCGCAGGUGUACCGGCUCCUCCCCUUCAGUCUUGCGCAGGUGUACCG